AUGGCUCAUCAGAGCAUCGAGAUGGCUCUUAUUCCCAUCAAGGGCGUCGAGCUAGAAGACUUCCAUGGAGACUCCAGCAUCACCACGUCUCGCGCACCCGAUGCAAUUAUCACGCACUUCUGCCAUCUAACAUAUCUUGAAAGACACGAACUAAGAGACCUGCUUAUUGCCUGGCUCGAGGUUUCCCACAACACCACCGACCUUCUCAGCCUUUGCCCAAUUACGCAAUCUCAACGCGAGUCCUUCUUCUCCAACGGAAUGACUGAAGUUGGCGUAUGUAGCCAAGAUCUCCCAGUCUCGCGCGAGGAACGCAAACGUGCCCUAGAGAAUGGUGAGCAGGAACCGAUUCAUCAACACACAACAGCCAGGCAGGCUGGUCAAAAAGUGUUUAUGAUUCCUUCAAUGUAUAAGGAUGGCAAGAAAAUCGUGAUCGUAUUCCUAUAUAUGGACGCUGAUGACGAGUUUGGUGAUCCAGAGCAUGUAACUUUCAAGCCACCUGGCUCGACUCGUGAAGAUGCCUACAUGCGAAGCAUCAAAGAUUACGACAAGAGCCAGGCUUCCCGGGUUCAUAAAUACAAUCUCGAGGCCAUAAUCCACACUGCUCGCAAGCGAAUCGUCAAAUAUGCCAAUGACGGCGUUAUGGAAGGUCGACUACCCGCAUAUACAGGCCACAGAGUCCCUACCCGAUUUGGUACAGAUCCGAUCUUGCCCAAAAUUGAGAGUGGUGACGCCUGUUGGGAGACGUGA